AAAUCAGAUCCUUUCCCAGAACAGGUCUACUGCCAGCCAUGGAAUUUGAGAAGAAAGAGGCCUUCAUUGUGAGUCAAGAGAUCCAUGCAGGCAGAAAGAAGAUCCCUUUGGGGUCUAUUGGGUGCUUCAUCAAGGGAAAACACAGCAUGGGCCGCAUUGUUGACCAGAAAUCUAGGCCUGUCGUAGCCCUGACAAGCAGCCACAUAAAACCACUAAGCCACCAUCAGGCUGCCCUCCUGCUUUCCAUUGACAGCCCGAAAAAGAGGUACAGCCUGUUUUGCAGUGAGCAGCACUUCACCUCCAUUUGCUUCCUGAAAAUCCAUGAUGUGGUACAACUGAGGUGUGGUCGGGUGCUGACAGCUGGCAUUGUGAGAGGCUUCUGGGAACGGCUCAGGAAUCCUGGCCAUGGAGAGCUGAAGAUGGUUCUCAUUGAGGUGGAACUGCUGGAUCCCAGGAUUAUUGCUCCCAGUAACAGGUUCUCUAGACUGAAGGUUGAUGCAAGUAAGAUCGUCAUGGUUAGCCCCAGUACUGCCAUUUCUCCCAGCUUCAAAGAAAUUGAACAAAGAUCUCAUACGAAUGAGGACAGAUAUCUAAUCCAGAAUUGGGCAGACAAUAACAGUGAGGCAGCUUGGGAACAUGAGACUUUGCUGAAGGCGGAAGGUGCCAUGAAGGGAAUCCAGGGACACUGCAAUUCCUGCUACCUGGACACAACCCUUUUCAGUUUAUUCAGUUUCUCCUCUGUGUUGGAUAGCGUUCUCCAUUCUGCUGAGGUGCACGAUACAACAGCACAGCAAAUACUGAGACAGCAGAUUGUGGAACCGUUGAGACAGUAUGGCUAUGUGGGAGCUGAGAACGUGAUGGUCUUAAGGAAAUUGCUGCAAUCUGACAGUUUCAUUACAGAAGAGAAAGAUCCAGAGGAAUUCCUGAAUGUCCUUCUAGGAGAGGUCCUGGCUAUAAAGCCCUUGCUCAAAAUCAAGGCAGGCAACGAAGUUCUCGAGUAUAAUUGUUACCAAAUCCUUGUGGAGAGAGAUGGCGUGGUCCACAUGCCCACUGUGCAGCAGUUACUGGAAGAAUCUCUGCUCUCCUACGACCUGAAGUUUACUGAGACUCCUUCGUGCCUCAUCUUACAGUUGCCAAGGUUUGGAAAGGGGUUUAAGACAUUCUCAUCAGUGUAUCCUUCUCCAGAACUUGACCUCACAAGCUUGGUGGACCCAGCUCCUCAGAUGUGUUAUGCAUGUGGUGGGCAAGUAACAUAUCGAUGCUCAUCGUGCCACUUGGAUUCCCUCCUGAUCCCAGGCCACAUGAAACUGUUGAGGGGUGUUGCUAAGAAGGCACUUCCUCGUGAGCACAGACAGAAGCAUCCCAGCACAGAACAGAAACGCAACAGCUGCUCUACUAAGUCACAAACAUUGGAGCUGUUUGCAGUUUUGUGCAUAGAGAGCAACCAUUAUGUGGCUUUUGUCAGAUGUGGAGCUCCCAGACAGUCCUGGCUUUUCUUUGACAGCAUGGCUGGCCAAUUACAGAAUGAGAAAGGAUCACACAUCCCUGUGGUAAAGGCCUGUCCUCAGCUUGAACACUACCUGGCAAUGGCACCAGAGGAGAUUUCUGCUCUAGAUAUCAAGCAAAUGGAUCCAUUUUCCAGAAGAUUCUUCUGUGAUUCUUACACAUUCAUGUACCAACAACCAAAAUUCAGCUCUUACAGAUGCGAGUUCAGAAACUAAGACCUCUCUUUACAGUUUCCAGCGGUUGAAGAGAGAGAAUUUGGAAGCCCGAGGACAAUGAUUCCACAGCCAUUCCAUAGAGGGCAGAAACCUUGAUUCUGGCAUGGGCAGAUGAAUAGUUCAAAACAUCUGCCUGUCCAGUUUCCUGUUUGCAUUAGUACACUUAUGUUGAAAGAAGACCAUUAUGGACAGGCAUAAGAUCAUGGAGUAUAUUCUUAAGAAGACCCAGUAGAAUUCAGUUCACUAUCAAUCAGUACUUGUUAACAGCACUGGAUACAGUAAGGGUACCUCUAUAGUGAGAGAGAAGAGGGAAAUUGUUGAAAAUGAACCCCCCACUUUAAAUAAACUCCCACCAGCAGAAAAUGCCAGCUCUAACUCCAUGUACUUAGUGCAUAAGAACAUAAGAGAAGCCAAUGUUGGAUCAGGCCAAUGGCCCGUCCAGUCCAACACUCU